AUGAUUAAACAAUCAAAUAUAAGUUUUGAUUUAGAAUUAAAAACAAAUUUAAUGAAAAAAGAUAAUUCAACUAAAACUAAAAAUCAAUCAAUUGAAAAAAAUUAUAUUUGUCAACGAUAUGCAGCAAGACAUGGACUUAUUGUUACAACAACAACAAAUAAAUCAAAAUUAUUUACUUCAUCUAAUCAACCAACAGAAUUAACACAUCAAAUUCAAGAAACAAAUAUAAAUACAACAAUUAUUGAUAUAUUAGAAAAAUCAUCUAAUGAUUGUCCUUUAAUUGAAACAUCUCUUAAAGAACGAAUUGAUAAAUAUUUUAAUAAAAAAGAUAAUCAAACAUUAAUAAUUAGUUCUGAAACAAAACAAAAUCUAAAUAAAUUACAAAAAAUAACAAAUGAUGUUAAAUUAUUAACAAAACAACUUCAAUUAUCAAUAGAAUUUAAUAAAAAUAAUAAUUCUUCAAUUUCUAUAUUAGAUAAACGUUUACUUGGUGAAAUAUGUUAUCAACUUGAACGGCGUAUAUUAGUUAUCAUAUUUUCUCAAUCCAAACAAUUCUAUGGUUAUUCACUUCGUUAUUUAUCAUUAAUAAUUGAAAAUGAAUUCAAUAAACAUGAUCAUGUAAUAUAUAAAAAACGUUUUCUAGAAAUCGAAAAAUAUCUCUUAAAAACAAAUUUUCAUUUUAAUUAUCAUUCAAUAAUAACAUUUUAUUAUAUAAAUAAAUAUGGUAUUUAUUCCGAUUAUCAAUGGUUAAAUGCUUAUUCAAAUAUUUUAUCAAAUAUACAUGAUAUAAAAACAUUUUGUUAUUCAAUUUUAUCGAAAAAAUUUCAUGAAGAUUUUUCAAUUAUUAUUAAUAGUCUUGAAUUAAUAUCAAAUUUUGAUCAUAAACCAUUAUUCUAUUGGUAA